CAACAAACGACCACGAGUUCCGGGAGGAGCAGUCCUCUUUCAUCGGGCUUGAAACUGUGAGAUUCGUGCUUUCUUAUGUCCGCGCCGCAUCUGCGUGGAACUGUAUGCCUCGCUGAGCUCGGAUCCGAGCAUCUCGGCCGAGGAGGCUACGCCCCUAUUUGUCUCUUACCCGUCUCAGACGCGUGAUAUAUAGAGAGGAUGGCUCCAGGUAUCCUACUGUUGACGGGUGCUCCCGAGUCGAGCUCCUUGGAUUGGAACCACCCUGGGCUCCUGGACACCUUCAGCGCGCCAUUUUCUCGCUUUGCCGGCCUUGAUGCUGGUGGAGAUGUCGUUCCAGCAACACCUGCACCGGCUACCGCCUCCCCAGAAUACCCGUCUUGGAGAUCUAUUCCCCUCGAACGGCAACAUCUCGCGACGGGCCACUCGCAAGAUCAUGGCUGGCAGGAGGAAUACCAAGGAACGUCUUUCUUUACAACUUCGGCCAUCGGGUCUUUCGUUGAAGAAUGGUCUCCGGGAGCCGGGCAAACUUCGAGCUUUGAAUCUACAGCAGAGCAAGCCCUCUCUCAGUUCUACGAGCAGUCGUACGAAAGACAUGAAGAUGUUGUCCCUUCCCAGAUAGCCGCCGCUUCAGAUGUAGGUACCUCAUUCUACAGCAUUGAUACCUCAUUUGAUGCCACAGAGUCGUUUUUUGAUUCCCCAUUGCGCCCAGUUCAUGGAGCAAGAGACAUCCCAAUUGCUGGUCAUCUAAGCCUUUUGAAAGACAUACCAAAUGCUUCAUAUCUCAACUCGAUCCAUCCGCAAACAAUGACUGUCAAUCUGAUUAUUGGGAUUAUUUCCAUUCUCCCACCCCGAGCAAUAAGGACGAGGCGAGGAGCAGACGUCGAACUCGUUGAGAUCCUUGUAGGCGACGAGACAAAGUCCGGCUUUGGAGUCAACUUUUGGCUCCCACCCUCCUCCCAAUCUGCUCACGGUAGCAUGAGGAAUGCGCUUAAUGGAUUACGGCCUCAGGAUGUCGUCUUGAUGCGAAAUGUAGCUCUGAGCAGCUUUCGGGGGAAGGUCUAUGGACAAAGUCUGAGGGGAGAGAUGACGAAGGUGCAUCUUAUGUACAGGAAUAGGAUCAACAGGACGGAUCUGGGUGGAUGUUAUAAUGCAGCUGACCUUGUUUCUGACGAAAACCUGAAUCCGCAGGUCGAGAGGACUGCCCGAGUCAAAGAGUGGGUGUUAAGAUUUGUUGGCGUGGGAGAUGGGCGGAGGAAAGCCAAAGGCCGAGUGUCUGAUGUGAUUAAGGAGACUUUGCCUCCAGAUACCCAAUGAAGACACGAGUCAACUUGUCAAUUAUAAUGACGGGCUCGGACUGGGAAAGCUCCCAGCGUCAUAUACUCAUCAUUCUGUGCGAUUCAAGAAUGAGAAAAUAAGUAAGCGCAAGCGGAGGAGAACCGGUAGAUCACUGGGAUGCUCAGUCCCUAAAAGAGCGUGGAUUAGGAGAGAAGCGCAAUCCUUCAUA